UUGCUCCCAAACGCAAUAGUCGCUGGCCUAAUGGCCUCCUCGCCGCGUCAAAUCCUGAAACCCUAUCAAAUGUCGGGAGCCCUCUCUCAUUCCAAGACCGUCAAGAGAUUUCUUCUCCUACCUCUGGCAUCAAGAAAGCUUUUCAAAACAGCUCGGACGAGGAGGUGAUGGAGCAAUUAACUGCUGGGUCGAGAGACUCGAAGGAUUUGAUGCUGCCUGUCUCAUCCAAGCUCAAAUACUGGCAAUGGUGGCUACUUGUGGUCCUAAACAUUCUAUUCCUCCUUGCUGGUCAGACCGCUGCCACCCUUCUUGGUAAUUUCUAUUAUGACCAAGGAGGAAACAGCAAAUGGCUCUCCACACUGAUUCAGACCGCCCUUUUUCCUAUUCUAUUCAUCCCUUUCAUCUUCCUACCCACCACCUCUUCUUCUUCUUCCUCCUCCGUUGACACCAGCUCCGGCCCAUCCAUCGCUAAGCUUGCCAUUAUCUAUACUGCUCUAGGCCUCAUUAUCGCUGCCGACAACCUCAUGUAUUCCUAUGGCCUCCUGUACCUACCUGUCUCCACCUACUCCCUUAUUUGUGCCUCACAACUUGCCUUCAAUGCCAUCUUUGCUUACUUCCUAAAUUCACAGAAGUUCACCCCUCUAAUCCUUAACUCUGUCAUCCUCCUCAGCUUCUCUUCCGCUCUUCUUGGCGUCGAUGAGGACUCCUCCGGUGAUCCCGCUGAUAUUACCAGAGGAAAGUUCAUACUAGGGUUCAUAUUGACAGUGGGAGCAUCUGCAACCUACUCAUUAAUCCUCUCAUUGAUGCAACUCACCUUUCAGAAGGUUAUAAAGAAAGAAACUUUUGUGGUUGUUCUGGAAAUGCAGAUAUACACGGCUUUGGUGGCUUCCUGUGCUUCGGUCAUUGGGCUUUUUGCCAGUGGAGAGUGGAAGGGAUUACCUGAGGAAUAUGAGGGAUUUUUCAAGGGAAAGGCUUCUUAUGUGAUGACUGUGGUGGGGGUGGGAGUGGCAUGGCAGGUUGCAUCUGUUGGUGUUGUGGGCUUGAUCUUCUUGGUGUCAUCACUGUUCUCAAAUGCCAUUAGCACACUGGCUCUGCCAAUUAUUCCGGUUUUUGCGGUGAUCUUCUUCCAUGAUACGAUGAAUGGGGUGAAGGUGAUGGCCAUGUUGAUUGCUAUAUGGGGCUUCAUAUCAUAUCUAUAUCAAAACUAUAUUGAUGAUUUAGCAGCCAGGAAGGCAGUGAGGGAUACAACAGAGAUCUCUGAUGCUUCUAUUCCUUAAUAAUUGAACUGCCUCAGUUGGUCGCCGAUUGCUUUGCUGGAAGGCUCUAGUGCUGCUUAUUUUGGGAUGUUUCUUUGCUUCUACAACAAUUUAAGGAUCCUAACGUUUGUGUUGGUUCUCACAUUUUGUCUUAUUAUUUUGAUAUUUUUGUUGUUCGCUAUCUCCAUAAUCACUUGAAGAUGUCAUUGAGUUAUUUAUUUGUGGAUCUCUUGACUUUCUAGAAAUUCUUUGGAUCUUCGUGCACAUCUUUCUCAAAUGCUUUAUUUAUUCUUGAUUUGUAAAGUUGUGUGCUUUAGAUGUCAUUCUCUAGAGAAAUUAUUAUGUGCGGACGCCGGACGCAGUUCUACGUCCGGAGGCGAAUCAGAUGCAACCACGUCAACGGUACUAAGCAGUAUCAAGUCGCGAUACCGAGCGAAGUGGUGACAUGAUGUAUUCUGAUUAGUGUC